GACGCUGUUGGUGAUGCGCUCGAACAGCUUACUGCCGAGCAGAUCGAACAAUUCCGUAAAUACUUCAAUAUGUUUGACAAAGAGAAUAAAGGUUACAUCAGGGCUACACAGGUUGGCCAAAUCCUUCGCACAAUGGGACAAGCCUUUGAGGAACGCGAUCUGAAGCAACUCAUCAAGGAAUUUGACACUGAUGGAUCUGGAGAGAUUGAAUUCGAGGAAUUCGCAGCCAUGGUAGCUAAUUUUGUAGUAAACGGUGAGGACAAUGAAGGUCUAGAGGAGGAACUGCGAGAAGCUUUUCGUCUCUAUGACAAACAAGGAAACGGCUACAUCAAUGUCUCGGAUCUACGAGAUAUUCUUCGAGCUCUUGAUGAGAAUGUAAGCGAAGAGGAACUGGACGAGAUGAUAAGCGAAAUUGACGCCGAUGGAAGUGGAACAGUCGACUUUGACGAGUUCAUGGAAAUGAUGUCUGGUGAAUGA